AUGAACUGUAACGGAGAAUUCACAGUCACUCUCGCUUACAGCCAAACUUCCACAAAGGAAACCAUAUAUGUCGUAGAAAGUUUAGCAAGACCACUUCUGAGUAGAUCUGCUGCAGUGAAACUAAACCUUAUAUCAAGAUUGUGUGAACUGACAACUGCUGACUACAAGACAAAAGUGAUGCAUGACUACCCACAGUUGUUUGAAGGACUGGGUACCAUGAAAGAUAAGUACACCAUCAAGCUAAAAGAUGAUGCAAAGCCCUUUGCACUGACUGUGCCAAGAAAGGUGCCUAUGCCACCGUAUGAAGAAACCAAGCACGAAAUUGAAAGGAUGUGGAGUGAUUUCGCCUGUGGACCACCCAACUGAUUGGUGUUCUCCAAUGGUAGUAACCUUUAAGCCAAAUGGUAAAGUCAGAGUGUGUGUAGACUUAACAAAGCUCAAUGAGUAUGUUCAGCGUGAGAAUCGCCCUCUUCCCUCCGUGGACCUCACCUUGGGAAAGCUAGCAGGUGCAAAGUACUUCACCAAGCUCGAUGCAAGUUCUGGAUUCUGGCAAAUAAAGCUGGCCGAAAGCUCGAGACCACUCACAACCUUCAUCACACCUUGGGGACGGUACUGUUUUAACGUGCUGCCUUAUGGAAUUAGCUCUGGUUCACAAAAGUUUGAAAAGUGCAUGAGUAGAAUUCUUGAAGGACUUGAAGGAGUUGAAUGCAACAUUGAUGAUGUCCUAGUUCAUGCCCCCACCAUAGAGCUACAUGAUUACAGAUUAAAGAAAGUGUUAGAGCGUCUAAGUGAGGCUGGUGUUACGCUUAACAUUGACAAGUGCACGUUCCGAGUUCCCAAGAUCAAGGUCCUAGGCAAUGUUGUUAGCGCAAAUGGUACUGAAGUGGAUCCAGACAAAGUUGCAGCCGUAGUAAACCUACCUGCACCCAAGAAUGUUCAUGAAGUCCGUGUGUUUCUACGAAAGGUAAACCACCUAAGCAAGUUUGCAGAACAUUUAGCAGACAAGACCAACCCAAUCCGAGGCCUUAUGCAGAAGGAUAGCUAGUGGGUCUGGGGAACACCCCAACAACAAGCAUUCAAAGACAUCAAGUCUAUCUUGACAGCUGCACCAGUACUUGCUGUCUAUGAUCCUAACAAAGACAGCGGAUGCAUCUUCAUUUGGACUGGGAGAAGUACUCCCACAGAAGCAAGAAGAUCAGACUUGGAGACCUGUGAUGUUCAUAUCCAGAGCACUCACCCCGGUGGAAUGCAAAUAUGCGCAAAUAGAGAAAGAGGCCUUAGCCCUAACCUGGGCAUGUGGGCGAUUCAGCGACUACAUAGUGGGAAAGUCUAUACUUGCUGAAACAGAUCAGAAGCCAUUGGUUCCUCUUCUCACCACCCGUACCUUGGAUGAAGUCCCUCCUAGAGUUCAGCGGCUCAGAAUGCGCCUCAUGCGUUUUCACUUUAAAGCGGUAAACCAUGUACCUGGAAAAGAAAUGUAUAUAGCAGAUGCGUUGUGAAGAAUGCAGUCCUGAAAAGACAAACAGAAUGGCCACUGUUCCUGAAGAAGAAAUGAACAUCUAUGUUGACAGUGUCCUAGACUCUUUACGUGAAACUAAUGGAAAUUAAGGAAGCCCAGGAUGAGGACCCUGUCUGUCGACAAAUAAAGAGUUACUGCCUGGAAGGCUGGCCAGACAACUUUCGUCUUAAUGAUGCACUGAAGCCUUAUUGGUCAGCCAGAGGAGAGCUCAGUACAUGGGAUACUCCUGAAGUCAACUAGAGUUGUCGUGCCGUCAGCCAUGAAGCUUCAAGUUUUGGAUAAGAUACACGAAGGGCUCCAGGGAAUAGUCAAGUGCAGAGAACGCGCAAAGACCUCUGUUUGGUGGCCUGGUCUCAGCCGUGAAGUUCAAGACAUGGUUGAAAAUUGCAAAGUUUGUGCCAAGCACCGACAGCAGCGAGCUGAGCCACUCAUGCCAACACUCUUUCCUGAACGUCCCUGGCGGAUGAUCGGCACGUAUGGUCGGCCAUUUGUUUCAAAAUUAUGACACGAUAUACGUGCGGUUUUUUCCCACGUAUACUUGCAAUCAUUCCUGCUACACGAUAUACGUGCUUUUUUUUUGUCACGUGUACUUGCGUUUUAUUCCCAAGUAUAUGACCAUUUUCUUACAAACGAGCAUAUAUAUGCGCACACAAAAGCCCAUAUAUAUGCGUUACAAACAAGCAUGUGGUAUAUGGGGUUACAGAAAGUUGUCAUAUAAGAGGCACUGAAUUAUACCGUCAGCAAAAAACCCCUUCAUGUACGAUGGAGCUGAAAAGUAACUUCAGUUUGAAUCAAGCAUGGCCGCAAUGGCCGCGUUAAUUUCGAGCAAGAUUUGGUUCUUAUUCAUUGCCCUCACAGUAGUGGUGGUUGUUGGCUCCCCGACAACGGAUUUGUUGGAAUCCGUGGAUUGUUUCUUGAGUGACUGUGUACGCUAUUUCACAAAUGCUGACCGAAACAACGAUCGAUUCAGUUAGAAACUAGCGUCCGACAGGCAAAACACGACUCAUAAGCUCUUGAUAAUGUGAAACAUGACCUUGAGGGUCUGCUUGAACAGAUUGGUUUUUCUUCUUUUCUCUCUCGCGCGCGAAUUAUCACCUUUUCGCCUCCACGAACACGUUCUAAGCCUCCUAGUCUCGAAGCUUUUUAUCAUUUCCCUGGUAUUCUCACUGACUUUAAUAGCCUUCCACCUGCCUCUCUUUCCUUAGUGCUCCUCCACUUUAAUUGUGAUUUUCAUGGUUAUCUAACUCGUUCUCGCUCAACUUGCAUAAAAUGUCCCUUAGGUAUCAAUUUGCUAUUAGUUCUCAAGCCCCGAUUAUUUGGAAGGAUCUGGAAGGAUAGUUUAUUAAUAACUUCAGUUUGGCGUUUUUUUGAAGCCAGCUCUAUCUGAUAGUGGUGGACUAUUUCUCACGCUAUAUCUCGGUGGCUGCCAUGCAAAAGACCACCAAAUCGCAUGAAGUUAUCAGAGCCGUCAAAGCAAUUUUUGCAAGGCAUGGAAUCCCUGAAGAAGUAAGAAGUGACCAUGGCCCACAGUAUGCAUUAGCCGAAUUCACUCAUUUUGCAAAAGAAUGGGGUUUCAAGCAUACAACAAGUAGCCCCCGUUUCCCACAGCUGAAGCAGAGCGCGCAGUAGAAACCACCAAGUCAUUGCUGAAGAAAGAAAAACAUCCAUCCAAAGGACCGUUGGCGUACAGGUCUACCCCUCUUGCUUGUGGAUAUUCACCAUCUGAACUACUCAUGGGAAGAAAACUGAGAAACACCAUCCCAACCUUCCACACUGUUCUCAAUCCAAGUUGGCCAGAUAUGGACAACCUACGUGAAAGGGAAGAAGGAAGC